GCCGGGGCGGUCCCACAGCCAUGGGGAUCAAAGUUUUCAGCUUUGGGAGUUCGGCGACUUUUACACUUUUCUCCCUUCCCGGAGACGGACGUCGCUCUGUGCUGGUCCGGAGCGGCUGCAGCUCACGGGCUGGGAUGCGGAGAACCUGCAGGCGUUUUGGGCUUGCCAGGCAAAGGAAAUGGUUAAGAGAAAAGGUUUUUUAAGCCCGAAGAAAGGAAGGCAAAAAGUGUGAAAUCUUCGCGUGUGCUGGAUCGCAGAUCUAUCCCACUGCAUAUGUAGAAACAGCUGCUUCUCUUCAUGGGACGAAGUUGCACGUUAGUCACUUGAGCCCUGUGCCAUGCGGGAGGGGCGCUCGGGGUGCAGCCGGAGAGGCAAAGAUCGUCCGGGAGAGAGAUUGUGGAACUUUCUUCCACUGGGAGCAUUUCUCAACAACUGAAGAAAAUCCUCUGAAGAUUCAAUAAGGAAAUUCUAGAAAGACGGUAUCAUUGUGGCAGUUUGACAUGAAUCUACGAACCCAUGAAAAAACAGAAGGACAGAACAUACCAGCUGUUAUCAUCUGUUUAUUUCACAUCAGUGCUACACUUUGGGGUUUUACAGAACAGGUAGAAGUAACAGGACUGUUUUCCAAGGAUUGCAUCCUCCCUUGUAGUUUCACACCUGGGCAUGAUGAAGUAAUUCAUUGGAGCAAAGAGAACAAAAUAGUGCACAGCUACUACCGACAGAAGGAUCAGCUGGAAGAACAAGACCCACAUUACAGAGCCAGAACACAGCUUUUCCAUGAGAACAUCCCUAGUGGAAAUGCCUCCUUGAAAGUUAGUAACCUGAUCAUGUCUGACGAGGGCUCUUACACCUGCUACGUGGGAACAACAGAAAGUCGAACAGAAGUGGAAGUGCUGCUGCAUCUAAGAGCUCCUUCUUCUUAUGCACUGGAAUACCAAAAGACAAACACAGAAAGGAGACUGAAGUGCUAUGCCUUUCUCACUUAUCCAGCACCAAAUAUAUCUUGGGUACAAGGCAAUGUAUCUGUCCAAGAGACGGAUCAGGAGGAGACCAGGAAUGGAGCUCUCUAUUCUAUCAGAAGUGACAAGGACAUUAUAAACACAGCAGAUACUUACUACUGUCAUAUUCAUUUCCAUCAUGAUGUGUGGGCUGCUGAAUGGAAGAUGAUGCAAGACGACCUUUCUAGAAAGGAAGGAGAUCGUGCCGUAAUUCCUUGUGGACAUGGCAAUGACAUUGCAAGCACUGAUGGUUUCAGUGUGGUCUGGACAUUCCACAGAAAUGCAGUGACCUCAAUCCUGGCCUCCUUCAAUGGCACAUUCCACUCUCACCAGCCUCGAGUCCAGAUUGACGAAACUGACUUUUCAGUGAUGUUGGAUGAUCUUAUUGGAGAUGACAGUGGAGAAUAUCUGUGCAAUAUUUCAACACCUCUCUACACAAAACUUACUGUGAGCACUCUGCACGUCGAAAAUUCAGGUAACACCUGGAUAAUUGUGCUAGUAGGGUUUGCAGUGGCAGUUGCAGUGGCAGUUGCAGUGGCAGAAGUGGCACUUUACUGUCUCAAGAAAAAAAAGAAGAGAGGUGUGCACGCUAAUAAGGGGCAACAUUCCCCUGGGGCCCUGGAGUCCGAGUCGAUCAAUAUGGAAAGAGAACAAGAGGAGCCUUGCUUGCCAACCAACAACCAACAUAAGGGCACACCAGAAGGCCAGGGUGAGGAACGUAGGCUGAGCCAGGGGCUUUAAGGGACAGAAGUGAGGGCAGGGUUUAGGGUCAGGAGCCAAUGAUAACAGAGUUGGGGAGGAGUUAAGGCGGGGUUUGCACAACAGAAACCAAUGAGGGAAGCAGGGGGAGGAGAAUGGGUCAAUAGGGCCUCGUGGUUUAGGGGAUCUCCAAAGGGGAUGUCCAAACAGGGGCUUGGCACUAGGGAGGAUUGACAACCGAAGGGAGGAGGAACUGGGAAUGUUCAGGAACAAAGGGUAGGGCUAGGACAGGAUUGGCAGGUGGGGUACAACUUCGGACAAAACCAUUAACAUGGAGGCCAACAGGACAAACCAUUAACAUAAAACACACCUCAACAUAGAGGAGUCCUAUGAACACCGUAACAUGCAGCAAGAAAACAGCUCUCUGCACACAGAUACUACUGAGAUUGGUGAUGAAAAGAACAAAUAGUUUCUCCAUCUGCUCCCUUGAGUUACACUAAGAGCCACAGGGAAAUGUCAUCUUCUGAGCAACAUUAAUGGACAAAUGGGGAGGAAAAAAAGUCAGUGGUCACUUGUAUGUGAAAACUCAUAUAGCAGGGCAUCUCACUCCCAUGUGAGAUGAUCUGUUCUUGUUUACUUGUGAGUUAACUCAAACCAGACAAAGCUGUCUUGUAGUGAGUUAUUUUGGCAGUAUGGGAUUACCAUUGGUCUGGCAUUUCCCAACUGACAAUAAGCAUCUUACUGUGGAAGUGAGAUCUUGUGGAAGCUAAGAUUUAAUUAGCAUGUGCAGUUUGAUAACCAGAAUGCCUUGGCAAGAGCAAACAGAGCUCUGAAGAUUACAAGAAGAUUGGAUCAAGACUGGCGACAGAAAAGAAGAUUGAACUAAGUAGAAGUGUAAAGUUUGUCUGUGUGAUGUUUAACCCAAUGAAUGAAGAAAAAAAUUGCUAGUCUUCCUAAAAAUGGUAUAUAAGCAUUUGUAGCUCACAGUAAAUUUGGUUUCUGAUCACAAAUCAGUAGUCCCCUGCUCUCAAUCAUCAAUAGGCUCUGGAAAGAGAAACUGGAUUUCUGACUGAAGGCACCUACCUUUACAAACUGUAUAAGCUACAUCAAACUUUACCAAAGCAGAACUCUGAAUUUUCCUGGAAAUGUGGAAUUUGUACUUAGAACGCUUGCUUUACAGUUACUCCUCUGGGGGCUGGGUAUUUCUUUUGCUAGUUCUAGUAUAGUUUUGAUAUCAUGCACUGUUUUAUGUAAUUUAUUGGUAGUUUUUUUAUUUCAUACUGUUUUGUAAGUAGCUCUGAUGUGUUGCCUCUUGUCUGUUCAAUAAAUAAAUCAUUUUAUUAAUAGAGCUGAUCUGCCAUCCUUAGAACUUGCAGGCCAGAGUGAUUUCUUAAAUUUAAGCUCUUGCAAAAAAUCUGAGGCUAAGACAGGGCUUGUCUGAAGCUCCGACUCGUCCUGUGACAAGUCAGCAUGCAAAACUGGAUUUCCUAAAGGAAGAAAGAAGUUUCCAGAGAAUAAAUUAUUCCUAAAUUUUGAGGGAUUUUUUUUUCUAGGAUGAGAGAAAGAGAGCU